GUCAUUCUGUCCAAGAUGGCGGACCUCCUGGGCGCAAUCUUGAGCUCGAUGGAAAAACCUCCAACGGUCGGCGACCAGGAAAGCCGCCGAAAAGCUCGAGAGCAGGCUGCCCGCAUGAAGAAGAUGCAGGAGGAUGAGAAGAGAAAGAAAGCAGAGUUUAGGAAGAAGAUGGAGAAGGACGUGUCCAAUUUCAUCCAGGACAGCAGUCUGCAGAAGAAGAAGUACGAACCCAUGGGGAAGAUCGAGAGGAGCAUCCUGCAUGAUGUGGCCGAGGUGGCCGGUCUGACCUCGUUCUCGUUCGGGGAGGAUGAAGAAAGCAGAUACGUGAUGCUCUUUAAAAAGGAGUUCGCCCCAUCAGAUGAGGAGUUGGAGGCGUAUCGUAAGGGAGAGGAGUGGGAUCACACCAAAGCGGAGGAAAGACGCAAACUGAAGGAACAAGCAGCGUUGGAAGAGGAAGCAGCCAGUCAGAGUCAGACGAGGCUGUUGUCUCCCAGCUCCAACUACAGAGACAAAUACAGCCAUCUGAUUGGCACAUCUGCUGCUAAAGACGCUGCCCACACACUGGAGGCAAACCGGGCGUAUGGCUGCGUCCCUGUGGCCAAUAAGAGAGACACGCGCUCCAUCGAGGAGGCCAUGAACGACAUCCGAGCUAAGAAACGCCUCAAGAGAGGAGAAGAGGACACGGGGACUGGCAGCCUGUGAGACGUGUGUGUGUCUAUUAAUAGAUGUGUCCCUGUACAGUAUUGUAUUCUUUAGCAAUACCUCUGUGUGUGAGUGUGUGUGGUCUGCUGCUUCUCAUAGUGUGUGUUUUUGUUUUAAAGCUUUAGUGGAUUUUAUUUCCGUGUGUCUUCCUGAUAUGAUAUGAAAUUAAGGCACUAAACAGACACUUAAAAGAAAAAAAAGUUUUUAGCGUUAGUUAAAUAUGUGUAAAGGCAAUAUUUGGCCGUAAAGGUCUGUGUUGCAGAUCAUGGACAUGGUUUUAUCGUCCAUGUUUGGGAAUGUGGGUGUGGCUACGAGUGUGUUUUUGAAAUGAGAGAUGCUCUGAGUAAAUGUGCUCAGAAAGUCAGGAGUAAGAAAUAAAACGUGGGUGUGUCAUUGAGGCUACAGAUGGAAAUGUGGGUGUGUCGCUGGGGAGCCAUAUAUGGAAAUAUGAGCAUGUCUAAAUGGCAGUGAUCUGGGGUGGGUUUCCUGAUAACAUUGCAUUUUAGCCCUAAAGAGCGCGUUUAAAGACGAAUGUUGUCUCUGUACGCGGUUUUAACGAACUCACUCAGUAGGAGGAGUCUUAAGAGUAAGUUUGCGAAGAGCGUCUUUGCAGCGCGUUUCUUCAAUAUAUGGGCAUUAGUAAUCGCUAAAGACAUUAGUAGCUGCUAAAUCCAGUCGAUGAGGUCACAUGGUGUUAGUUUUUAACCAAAAACCAAUUAAAUAUAAAGUGUUAAAAUAUGUUAAUAUAUCGUAUAGUCACUGUACUACUCCAUUGAAGCUGGCGCCGCGGAUCGUAAGUUAAGAGCGAACUAAAGGACUACUUUGGCUACAACGUUAUUUGGGAAAACCACAUUAGCUUAAUGAUGGAUCUUAAGAGGCAGUUAAAGAUGCUCUUAGCCUUAAGAGGCUUUCAGGAAACCCACCCCUGAGAUCAUUGAUGGAAAUGUGGGUUUGUCUUUGAGUCCAUAUAUGGCAGUAUAAAGAAAUCAUUGGCAUUGAUGUAAAAGUGUUUUCAGAUUUGUUUAAAACUCAUUUGAAGGGCGUGUCUUUGAGGUCAUAUGUGGACAAAGACACACUCAUUCAUCUCUUCACAGACAGCGCGUCCUCAAUUUAAGGCACCACAGCAAACAGAUGUCGAGUUACGUGUUUUAUAUUGAGUGUUUGUUUAAAUCCCUUUUUAUCCAAACUCAUGCUUCUGCAGUGUGUUCACGUGAAGUGUGCAUCAUUUUACAAAACGCUAACGGAUCAAUUAUUAAACCUUUAUAUCACCUUCAAAUGGUUCCUGUGCUAGAAAUAAGGAUUUUAAUCAAUGGCGCAUGUUCAGACCUGUAGUAAACAUUUUGGUGUCGUAGAAUAAAACUCUAUCAUCACUCAGGUCUGUUUUGUUCAUAUUUGAUGCAGCAAAAGAUCAGAAAAACAUGUCCGGUUGAACACUUCCUUCCUAUUUAUAGAAUUUUAAAGCCUUCAAUGACUGUUUAUCACCUUGAAAUAAAUAUGAAGCUGAAACAAGUCCGUGUCCGUAACGAAUCCUGUAACGGUCCACGUUUUACACACUGUAUCUGAGACGCCUCUGACCAUCACAGACUCCACUGUUCUUCACGUUUCAGGUUUUAAAUAAAGGAUUACAUGGUGAAA